AUGCUCAAGUUCCAGGAGGCCGUGAAGUGUGGGCGAGGCUCCGCAGCUGUCCCCACUCUCCCUGGCGCCCUGAUUGCAAGGAGGUAUGUGCUCCGGGAGAAGCUCGGCAGUGGCAGCUUCGGGACCGUCUACCUGGUUUCCGACAAGAAGGCUGACGGAGGAGAGGAGCUGAAGGUCCUGAAGGCAAUCUCCGUGGGUGAGCUGCAUCCAAACGAGAGUGUGCAGGCCAGCAUGGAGGCCCAGCUCCUCGCCCGGCUGGACCACCCGGCCAUCGUCAAGUUCCACGCCAGCUUUGUGGAGCGGGACAGCUUCUGCAUCGUCACUGAAUACUGUGAGGGUCGAGACCUGGACUGCAAAAUUCAGGAAUACAGAGAAGCCGGAAAAACUUUCCCAGAAAGUCAAAUAAUGGACUGGUUUAUCCAGCUGUUACUGGGCGUGGCCUACAUGCAUGAGAGGCGACUGCUCCAUCGAGACUUAAAAUCAAAGAAUAUAUUUCUGAAAAAUAACCUGAUUAAAAUUGGGGAUUUUGGAGUUUCUCGACUUCUCAUGGGAUCCUGUGACCUGGCCACCACCUUGGCGGGCACGCCUCACUACAUGAGUCCCGAGGUGCUGAAGCAUCAAGGCUACGACACCAAGUCGGACAUCUGGUCACUGGCGUGCAUUUUGUAUGAGAUGUGCUGCAUGAAUCACGCGUUCGUGGGCUCCAAUUUCCUGUCUGUUGUCUUGAAAAUCGUUGAAGGCGCCACGCCUUCCCUCCCCGAGAGAUACCCGCGGGAGCUGAAUGCCGUCCUGGGAAGCAUGUUGAACAAGAGCCCUGCACUGAGACCAUCUGCUGUGGAGAUUUUAAAAGUCCCUUACAUCAGUGAGCAACUGCAGCGCCUGAUGUGCAGAUAUUCAGAAAUGUCCGUGGAAGACAAGAAUUUGAAUUGUCAGAAGGAAGCUGCUCGUGUAAUUAAUGCUGUGACAACAAAGGCCCACCUGCAGACUCUGCGGGCGCUGUCCGAGGUACAGGAAAUGACACCGAGGGAGAAGAUGCGCCUUCCGAGGCUCCAAGCUGCUGGCGGGACGUCCAGGAAGCUCAAAAAGAUUACAGAAGAAAAAUAUGAAAGUAGCAAACGAAUGCUGGAGAUGCGAUCCUGGAAAUUCCAGCAGCCAAGUGUUGACGGGCUCUGUGAGUUUGGUGUGCCAGCAUCACAUGACCCAGUGGAACCCCAGCUCACUCCAUCCCUGAACGCCGUGGAAGCGGUGUCCCAUGGAGAGGCCCCUGGAGCUGACCUUGGAGAGCGGGAGAUCCCGGAGGACCCACUGGUGGCUGAGGAGUACUAUGCCGAGGGGUUUGACUCCUGCUCUGAAGACGGUGAGGAAGAACUGGGGCUGUCGGGGUCCGAGGAGGACGGCCAGGAUGCGGGGCUGCAGGCCGCUCGCGGAACAAGCUGGCAGGACAGUGAUGUUGAAGCCCUGGUCAAGUGCUUGGAAAAUGUCCUUGGCUGCACCUCUCUCGACUCGAGGACCAUCACUGGCGUGGCUGCAGACGUGCCCCGGCAACUGACAGUGUUCAACAGUGCGAUGGCCGAGACCAGGGUGAAACGCAUGCGUGAGUCGGCUGUGCAGAAGCUGGGAGCGGAGAUGUUUGACAAGGUCUACAGUUACCUCAAGCGAGCAAGGCAGCAGCAAGCCAGUGACGUGGAGGUUCAGAAGGUCCUGGAGGAGCUCGUGCCGCGGGCCAGCGAGUGCUUUGAGGUCGACCAGCUCCUUUACUUUGAGGAACAGUUGCUUCUCACGAUGGGAGAAGGGCCUUUGCUGCGGAAUUUUUGCUAA